UUUUUAAUCACCUACCAACAAUUGGCAACAAUGAAGAAGGUUGUAGUUGUGGGCGCGAUACUGGCUGUCUCUUUAUUACUUUUUUAUCUGGUCUUUAUAACAUUGAAUGGUAAAAAGGAACCUGAGGGUAGUCUAGUUCGAGGUCAAGUUGACAUUGCUCAAGCCUCUGUUCAACCAGGAGCUCGACCAGGAGUACACAAAAAGGAGCCAGUUCACACAAAAUUUUAUCAUCCAGCGAAACCAGAAGAGCUAUGGGAAUCAAUGGAUGAAAAGAGAUUAGUGGUGAGGAGACUUGCUUAUUAUGACACUCGCAUUGACGACCAUCCAGCAAUAAUGUUCAAUGCAAUGUAUGAUUUACGUCAUGCUGAGAAACCUAAUGUCUUUGUUGAGUUAAGGUACUCGGAUAAACCGACAAAGUGUCUUCAGUUAGAGUACAAGUCACAGAGUGGCUCUCUGAGUGACGCAAUGCAGGAGUUUUACGUGUAUUUCCUCUUGUGGACCAAAGAUCCAGUCAAAGAGAGACCAGAGACUGUUGCUCUUACUCUUGAUAAAGAUUGCGGCAAAGAUAAACUGUCGAGUAGCAUCAGUGUACAGGGUCUAGUCCCAGGACCCAAUGCUGUGAAGUAUGCAGUCUGUCUCCACAAGGCACUUUUUGGGAUAUCUGAUCCACAGGUAGUUGUGGACUGGGUUGAGAUAAAUAGAGAACUUGGUGCUGAAUUAUUAAUGUUGUACUACCAAGAUGUGCCAGAGAUCAUGUAUACCAUACUUCAACCAUACAUUGAGACUGGCCUGUUGGAAGUUAUUGAUUGGAGUCUCAAGGAACCAAGUAUUCCGAAGAUGCAUACUCUUGACAAUGGGAUGUCAGCUGUCAUCAAUGAAUGCAUAUACAGGAGCAUGAACAGAGUCAAAUACUUAUCACUGACUGAUAUAGAUGAAUUCAUUGUACCAGAGUCUAAAUUUGAAAAGGUUGGAGACAUGAUGGAGUAUCUUGAAGAAAAAACAAAGUCAAAACCAGUCUCAGCUUACAGGUUUCAUAAUACGUAUUACUUUGAAGACCCAGUAUCAGUACCUCAAGUUAAAGACGUGUCUUUUUGUCCUAAAAUGAAGCUACCUCGCUACUUCAGACGAACACAAAGAGCUACACAUGCAGAGAAAUAUGGAUCAGACAAACUAGUGGUCAAGACAAGAGCAGUUAACGUGGUUCAAGUUCACUUUGUUGUAGAUAAACAAAAAGAAUAUGAAGCAGAAUAUGAAGUACCUAAUGACAUUGGUAGGAGCAAUCACUAUAGGUGGCCUUAUAGAAUGGCUGAUUUUACUCCUCAUGAAUACAGUGAUAUAAUGGGGAGAUAUGCUGGUACUGUAAUACCUAGAAUAAAAUCUGUUAUGUGCAAAUCUGAUAAAAAUUAAUAUUAUUAUUAUUGUAAUUAUUAGUUUUAUUUAUUUAUUA